AUGUUCAGUUGGGUGGUGAAGGUUGUUCCUCAGCCUCCUCAGAAGCCUACAACACCAGGAGAUGACACUCCUCAAGCAUUGGAAAGUAAAUCAUCAGUUAAGGAGCCAAAUGUCAAAGCAGCAGCCAAUCCGGCUAAACCAAACGAGGAUGAAGUGUUGGAAGAAAACAGUACUCAGGGUGGAGUUUUGACCUGGCUGUCUCAGGGAUUAGCCAGUGCCCUUCCCCAGCCUGUAUCCACACCUAAACUGGAGCGGGCAAACGCUGAUGACCAGGAGGAAAAUACAGUUGACAACAGUAAACCAGAGGAAGAGCCGGGGAUGAUAAACUGGAUUGUACAAGAACUGGGCAAAGUGGUGCCACAACCUGAUGAUAAACACAAACAGCAAACAGAAUCUCAGGAGGUUACUGAGGUUCCAAAAGCAGUACCAGAAGUAAAGGUGGAGCCUGUUAUUCAGGAGGUUAAAGAACUUGAAGAUGUUAAAGCAGAGCCUGCACCCCCUCCUCAGAUCCCAGUACUGGAGGUUGUUCCUGAUGCAGAACCUGAAGAAGGCAAAUUUUUAACUCCAAGGGUAAUGGACUGGCUAAAGCAAGGAUUUGAGAAGGUAGUUCCUCAGCCUGGACACACUGUAACAGGUACAGAAGCUGCAGCUAGGAAGGAAAUCACAGCUACGGAACCUCCUCAUCCACCCACACAGGCACCUGCACCAUCACCAGCCGACGAUGCUACCAAAGGCUCGAGGGUGGUUGGAUGGAUUGUGCAGGGACUCGGUCGCAUCAUGCCACAGCCCGCUGUAAAACCCAAAGAGGAAACAUCAGAUGAUGAAGUUCAGAACAUUUUCAUCCUGCAGGACCAUGUGGGCAUCGUGCUGAAGGAGAACAUGGUAGUAGAACGGGACAUGGUGCUGGAGGACGUGGACUCAGACUGGUGUAAGCUGCAGGAGCAGCAGGAGAACCAGAGCCACCCACAGACGGAGACUCGGUGUCGCCCCCUGGUGGAAGUUCUGUCCCACAUUGCACCUCACAUCUCCACCCUGGAGCAGGAGGAUGCUCAGACCCAGACCGAGCGCUGGACUCCUCUUAUAGAGAACAUCAGACGAGAGGCUCGGGAAGCUGCGUUGGCAUCCGUGGAGGAGAGGAUGCAGCAGGAGCGUUUGGAGGCGGCGAGGUUGGCGGAGGAGUUGGCACGACAGGCUGCUGAGCUGGCAGUCAGACAGCUGGAGGAGGAACACAGUAUCAUCAGAGCCACUGAACCUGAACCUCCAUUCAAACCUGACAACACCGAUCAACUGUCCAACAUUCUGGAGGAAGAGAAUGAGGAUGAUCCAGAGUUGCAGCCGUUGCGUGAGGACAGUGAGGAAGACAGUGGAGAGACAAGAAACAUCGAUCUGGUAGAUGUGUGUCCCAUCGAGGAGCUUCAAUCAAACAAAGAUCAGAUCACAGACCAAAGUCCCAAAAAUAAGGAGUCACCAAAACCAUCAGCUUUAAAGGAACCAACUUGUGACAGUCAACCUGAGAUAGAUCGGACCUCACCAUCAGGGUCUCCAGUCGUUACCACCCAGCCUGAAACUGCUGCCUCAGGUUCCUCACCUUCUGCAGUUAUUCAGGUGGAGGAGGUCGAUGAUGGGGCUGUUUCAACUUUACCUCAGAUUAUUGAACCCCAGGAGCUGAAUGGUGUCACCCUGACUGUUCCUGUUCCACUGCUGGACACACAUAGGAACAUAACCCAGGAGGAAGAAGCUGGAGAGGGUGAAAUGAAGAAGGAAUCUUUACCAGUUCAGCAUGGUCUCCUUACUGUGGAGGAAGAGUAACGACCCGUCUCAGCUACCAGUCAGACAAGUGUCGUGGUGAACGAGCGGCUGCAGGAGCUGAUAAAAGUGUUUAAGCAACGAACUGAACGAACAAGAGAGAAGCUAGUUGACCCAGAUGAGUCUGAAGAGGAAAGUCCUUCAGCAUCACCUGCCAAAACAGCUGCCGCUCCUCCCCCUCCACCCCUUCCACCACCUGAAGAGCAGAAAGAUGUUCCAGCUGAUGAGGACAUCGAAGACGAGCAGUAUCUAGAGUUCAUGGGCUAUCAAGUCAGAGUGCCCAAGCUACCGCCGAUACCAGACUGGCUAAGAGCCAUUAUAGAGUACCGGUUCCCUUCCAGCAUUGACCCUUAUACUGAUAUAAUCUAUGUGGUCUGGCUGUUUUUUGUGAUGUGUGCGUGGAACUAUAACGUGUGGCUGAUCCCGGUGCGCUGGGCGUUCCCAUACCAAACCCCUGAGAACAUCCACCUGUGGCUACUAGCCGACUAUCUGUGUGAUACCAUCUACAUUCUGGAUAUUCUGGUCAUGCAGCCCAGACUGCAGUUUGUCCGUGGAGGGGAUAUAGUGUGCGACAAGAAGGACAUGAGAGAACAUUACAUGAAAACCGAGCGCUUUAAGAUGGAUGUGAUUAGUUUGUUUCCUUUGGACGUCCUCUACUUUUUCACAGGAGUCAAAUCCAUUCUACGUUUUCCACGUAUACUGAAGUACAUGGCUUUCUUUGAAUUUAAUGAUCGUCUGGAAGCUGUGAUGAAAAAAGCCUACAUUUACAGGGUGAUUCGGACCAGUGCGUACUUGCUCUACUCUUUGCAUUGUAAUGCAUGUCUGUUCUACUGGGGCUCUGAUUAUGAAGGUCUUGGUUCCACUAAAUGGGUCUACGAUGGCAGAGGAAACAGUUAUAUCCGAUGCUACUACUUUGCCGUAAAGACUCUGAUCACUAUCGGAGGUCUGCCAGAUCCCACAACAGUGUUUGAAAUUGUCUUUCAGCUAGUCAAUUACUUUGUUGGAGUCUUUGCAUUCUCGAUCAUGAUUGGUCAGAUGAGAGAUGUAGUCGGUGCUGCCACUGCAGGUCAAGCUUACUACAGAUCAUGUGUGGACAGCACAGUAAAGUACAUGACCUCCUACCAUAUUCCCCGUGAGAUUCAAAAUCGAGUGAAGACGUGGUACGACUAUACGUGGCAGUCGCAAGGCAUGCUGGACGAGCAGGAGUUGCUCAUCCAGCUUCCUGAUAAGAUGCGCUUAGAUAUUGCGGUGGAUGUGAACUAUUCCAUUGUCAGCAAAGUGGCCCUCUUUCAAGGGUGUGACAGACAGAUGAUAUUUGACAUGUUAAAGAGAUUAAAGUCUGUGGUUUAUCUACCAGGAGAUUAUGUGUGUAAGAAGGGUGAGAUUGGAAGAGAGAUGUACAUCAUCAAAGCUGGAGAGGUUCAGGUAGUCGGUGGCCCUGACGGCAAAACUGUUUUUGUGACUCUCAGAGCUGGAUCUGUGUUUGGAGAAAUCAGCUUGCUUGCAGGGGGCGGAGGAAACAGGCGCACGGCUAACGUCGUGACACAUGGUUUUGCUAAUCUUUUUAUCCUGGAUAAGAAGGACCUUGCUGAGAUCCUGGUGCACUACCCAGAGUCCCAAAAACUACUCCGUAAAAAGGCCAAAACAAUGUUAACGAAGGAUAAGAAGCCUGAAGAAAAGGGUACAGCGAAGGAACCGGCGAUCAUAGCUCGCCCAGAGACGCCCAAACUCUUCAAGACCGCACUGGGAGUGGGUAAAGGAGAAACAUUCUCCAAGCUGAAGGAAACUUACAAAGACACUGGAGCCACACUUGAGCCCUCCGCCAGCUCCUCCACCACGGUUGCACCCAUGCCACCUCCUUCACCUGUUCAUAGCCGCUCACCUGUCCCAUGUCCUCUGCCACAGGAUGACGAUGACAUGGUGGCAAAGACCACAGACAGUACGUUGAUCAUCCGCAUGACCCCACAGCAUCAUGGAGAGGAGAUGUUAAGUGUUGAAAUGGAGGCUGAGGAAGAACUGGGUGAGGAAAAGUAAGAAAAGUCUGAGAAGACUGAGCAGGAAAAGGAGGUUAAGUAA